AUGUCAACCUGGCAACACUACCGAGCACUACUAUACAAGAACUGGAUUCUUUGGAAGAGAAGAUUAUGUGGAUCUAUCUGUGAAUGGCUCUUUCCGAUAGCCUUACUCCUUGUCUUGAUGCUUAUAAGAAGCGCAAUAAGCACUACCGAUCAUGGGAAAUCCUCUUACCUUCAGAAGUCAGCAAUGACUGUCUCCUAUGAUGGGAAUAACUAUUUUGGCCACUAUUUCGACCCUCCCGUCAAGAUUCCAGACUUUCCAAAAGGUCAUGAUAACUACUAUAGAGAUUACUUCGAGAAAGAUGAAAGAUGGAGGAUAGUUUUCAUAAACGAGCAUAAAGAACCAUAUUCAGAAACUAUCAUAAAUAAGCUCAUAAAUAAAAUAAAAGUUGAAGGAAAUGACACAGGAAACCCUUAUGUUGUCGAGCGCUAUGACUCUGAGGAUGACUUAGAGGACUAUAUAAAGGAUAGCGACUAUGGAGAUGAUAGCAAAAUUUGUUUCGCUGUAGUCUUCUAUAGCAAGGACUCCAAAAAUAUAAAGUACAGCUUCAGAUUCAAUACUACAGAAUCAUAUGGAUCAGGAGGAAGAACCAUGGGAAACUAUAUUGACAUUUUUGAUUUCCUGGACUAUCAUAAUGUUAAUAAACUUAUCAGAAAACCAAAGCCAAGCUUCCAAUACCACUAUAUUGGCUCAAAUUUCAUUCAUAUGAUGAAUUAUAUAGAUAACAUUAUACUCCAAGACGUUUCCUCAAAUUCAAACGCUCAUUUUGCAGCAGGCUUCGUUCCUAUGUAUUAUGAUAAAUAUACAGAAGAUGAUUUCAUUACAUCCAUUUCUACGCUUCUUCCGUUUUUUAUUGUCAUUUCUUACUUGAUACCUGUGUGUAGAAUGCUAUCCUUAAUUGUACAAGAAAAGGAAUACAAAAUCAAAGAAAUGAUGAUGAUUAUGGGACUUUCCAAUAAAGCUUAUUGGCUUUCAUGGAUUACUUAUUAUUUUUCAAUAUAUACACUCAUUGCAAUUGUAGGCUCUAUUAUUUCAGUUGGCCUUUUCAAAUACAGCAGUCCAGCAAUGAUAUUUUUAUUCCUCUGGCUAUAUGGGAUGAGCUGCAUGGCUUUCAGUAUUUUAAUAAGCAUGCUCUUUUCCAAAUCACGCAGCGCUGUCAUGCUAGGGCUUAUGGUUUUCCUGAUAAGCUAUUUUAUAAGUUUUGCAGUCACUGAUCCAACUUUAGAUGAAGGUAGCAAAACUGCUGCAUCACUAUUGCCUAAUGUUGCUUUGACUUUAGGCAUUGACGUUUUGGCACAACUGGAAAAUGGCCAAGUAGGAGUGCAAAAUUAUAAUACAGACUCAACUAUAAAUAACUACACUUUUGGGACUUCUAUUGCAUUUCUCGUUAUUGAUUUAGGUAUUUUUGCAAUUCUUGCAUUUUACCUUGAUCAGGUUUGGCCUACUGAGUGGGGAGUAAAGAGACCUUGAUACUUUUUAUUUACAAAAUCCUUUUGGGUAACUAGCAAAAAGAAUGCCCAUGAAGAUUUAUUUAAUGAAGAAAUUAAUUGGGGAGAUAAUGUUGAAAAGGUUGAAGAAGACUUAGAAAAGCAGAAAGAGAAUGGAAAAGCUUUACUUAUAAGGAACUUUAAAAAAGUUUUUGGUACUAAAACAGCUGUCGAAGAUAUCAGCUUAGAUAUAUAUAAUGGACAAAUUUUUGCAUUAUUGGGUCACAAUGGUGCUGGAAAAACUACAACAAUUUCUAUGAUGUGUGGACUCAUACCAACAACAUAUGGAGAUAUGAAAAUAAAUGGAAAUUACUUAUCAACAGAUCUUAAUAAAAUAAGAAGGUCUCUUGGAGUUUGCCCUCAACACAAUGUUUUAUUCAAUGACUUAACUCCUGAAGAGCACUUAUAUCUUUUCGCUAUUUUCAAAGGAAUGCAAGACAAAGAAGAAAUCUACAAGCAAAUCAAAGAAAAAUUAUCAGAAGUAGAUUUAACUGCUAAAAAAGAUAGGCAGUCUAAGUUUUUGUCAGGGGGUAUGAAAAGAAAAUUAUCCCUUGCAAUGGCUUUAAUAGCUGAUUCUCCUAUUGUACUACUAGAUGAGCCUACAUCAGGCAUGGACUUGACUGCAAGAAGACAGAUGUGGGAUAUGCUCAAAAACAACAAAAAUAAUAGGAUCAUUAUCCUAACAACCCACUAUAUGGAAGAAGCUGACGUUUUAGCAGAUAGAAUUGCUAUUAUGUCUCAUGGAAAACUUAAUUCACUUCCUAAUUUAUAAUAGAAAGCAAAUAGUUUUCAAAAAAUAAACUUAUAAUUUUUUUUUCAAUAAACAAAAUUUAUUAUGAAAUUAUUUACAAAAAAUAAUAUUUUAAUUAAUUAAAGAGUUAGAUGUCUUGGCAGCUCUCUUUUCUUGAAAAAACGGUAUGGAGUUGGCUAUUAUUUAACUAUUGUCAAAGAAGUAGGAGUAGCAAGCAAAUCGCAUACUCAAUCAGUCACAGAUUUUAUUAGAGAUUACAUUCCUGAAGCUUCUAUAAUGAGCGACGUCCAUGCUGAAAUUUCAUUCCAAAUCCCGAAUUCUAGUUCAAGCAAAUUUACUACAUUUUUUACUGCUCUUGAUCAAAAUUUGAAAAUUUUGCAAUUAAGGUCUUAUGGUGUCUCUGUAACAACUCUUGAAGAGGUUUUCUUGAGGGUUGCAAGAGGAGAUGAUAAUGAAAUCGCAAAAAAAAGCCAUGAAGCUGAAAAAGAAAAUGAGGUUCAGCUUGAAAAUGAUUUUGUUUUAUCGAGAGAUAGACUAAAAGGAUCAUUAUUUUUUAGCCAUUUUUGGGCAUUAUUGAAAAAGAGAGUAUUUUGGUCUAAAAGAGAUAUGAGAAGCUUGGUCUAUGAAAUUUUUGUUCCAAUUAUCCUUGUAAUUGUUGGACUUGGCUUGAUGAAAAUUGGAGAUAAUUUCCCACCUACUGAUAAAAAACACUUAACUGAGUCCUCAUAUUCUCAACCUCAAGAUACAAUUUAUUACUGGCCAGCAGGUGCCAAUGUUGGGACUUGGGCGCAGAAUCAAAGCUCUGAUACAGCAAAUAUUAAUGGCACAAUAGAAGGCCUUGAUCAAUUUUUAUUUGAUACUCGCAAAGUUCCUGACCAUUAUAGAAUGGGUUCAUACUAUUUGACAAAUAUGGACACUACUAAUGAUCAGUAUGAAGCUGUCAUUUUUCACAAUCAAACAGCCACUCAAGCAACUGGAGUCUACUACAACAAGCUUUCUAAUGAAAUAUUGUCAAAGUAUGGAGUAACUGUAACAGUUUAUAAUUACCCUCUUCCUUAUACCAAAAAAGUAGAAGAUCUUAAAGGAGUUGGAGAUGGAUUUUUUAGCAUUGUUGAAGUUAUAUUACUUAUACAAAAAAUCAAUUGUAAUUUCCAAAGAAAUGUCUUUACCCUUUAACGCCCCAUGCCAACUCGCCAAUACGUGCAUAGCCUUAUAUAAGAUGCUUUUUGUCCGGACUGAGGCCCAGCUCGCUACUUGGUAGUUGGAGAAUUCAGUCACCGUACUGCGCGUCAGCAAAGGUUGAUCACCAUUGAAUUCAAAGUAUCAAAUUUUCUGUCGAAAAUGAAAUCUGAAGCCCAGAUCGUAACUCCUUGUUUCAUGCUUGAAAAUAGUCCCGAUUGGAAAGGAAAAUAUAACCAAUGGCUCUGCUGGGGGAUCCCUUUAACUCUCGGCUCAAUUUCCCUCUGAGACGAAGCCUUGAUCUGAAGUAAAGCAUGCGGUCGGCUACCCGACAUAGGCUACCAAGUAAAAAACUAGCGAGAUACACAUUCCUACCUGUCACCCUCCUUUCCUCAAGAUCCUGACCUCACUAAGUCUAUGAUCAGCUGUAGUUACAGCAAUUAAAAGGAGGACUGAUUCUUAAUGUAUAUAAAUUUUUAGCAUCGAUAGUCUUUUCGCUAGGAUUUAGCUUUAUUCCUACUGGCAUUAUAGCUUUAAUUGUAAAAGAGCGAGAAACUAAUGUAAAACAUCAGCAUAUGAUUAGUGGGGUUUCUAGAUUUUCCUAUUGGUGUGCCAAUUUCUUUUGGGACUCUAUUAAGCAUAUCGCCCCUGCCGUUGUUUGUGCUGGCAUGGUCAAGGCUUUUGAUAUUAAAAGCUUUACUGACCCUGAUGAUAGCUAUGGAGCUUUAUGGGUUUUAAUGCUCUUAUAUGGAAUUUCCAUAGCACCAUUUACGUAUUUUUAGUAUACCUUUUUAGAAUGAAUAGAAACACUCCUAAUAGCAAGCAUUAGCCUAUUCACUACAUGAAAAUAGGAUAAUGCUUACCAAUAGGAUGCUUCUAUCCUUUGUAAAAAGUAGCUUUUUCUUCAAAAGUUAUCCAACUGCACAAGUUGUUACAAUCCUUUUCAAUGUCGUUGCUGGUGGAAUUUUCCCUGCUGUUAUUAUGAUCCUCUAUAUCUUUGAGUCUACACGGCCUAUUGGAAAAGUACUUAGGUGGAUUUUCAGGCUUUCCCCAGCAUUUUGUUAUGGAAAUGGGUUGAUGGACAUAGGAAGCAUAUCAUCUUAUUCAAAUUGGGAUGAAGUUGACGGCUUAUAUGAUGCUUUUGAUAUGGGUUCUGCUGGUGCUGAUAUUUUAAUGAUAGGAAUUAUGAUCCCUGUUUAUCUAUUCUUAGUUUACGUUCAAGAAUAUUUAGAAGCUCAUCCAAAACUUUUACAAAAAUUCUGGAAAGCUCCUCAUGUAGCUCCAUCUGAGUAUGAAGCUGAUGACGAUGUCGAAAGAGAAGCAGAAAAUGCGCUAAGUAUAAAUCCUCAAGAUGUCCAAGUUAAUGUUAGAGGAGUCAGAAAAAUAUUUAGACAAGGAAUGAAUAAAGCUUUCGCAGCAGUAGAAAAUGUCAGCUUUAAUGUAAAUCAACAAGAAUGUUUUGCGUUUUUAGGGGUAAAUGGAGCUGGAAAAACAACUACUUUUAAAAUGUUGACUGGAGAAAUCGCUCCUACAACUGGGGAAGCUUAUAUCUGUGGGCAUAACUUGAAUACUGAACUUGAUAGAGCAAGAGAUUUGAUAGGGUAUUGCCCUCAAUUUGAUGCUAUAUCUGAGCUACUUACAGCAAGAGAACAUUUAAGACUAUAUUCAGAUAUCAAAGGAAUUCCUAAAGAUAGAAGAGAAGCACUUGUCGAAGAAAUGAUAGAUCAAAUGGAUUUAAGACAAUAUGCUGAUAUAUUGGCAGGAACCUAUUCAGGUGGUAAUAAAAGAAAACUAUCAGUUGCAAUGGCACUCAUUGGAAACCCAACAGUGGUCUUUUUAGAUGAACCUUCUGCAGGAAUGGACCCAGAAACCAGAAAGAAAAUGUGGAAAGUCAUUGGGAACCUUAAACAAAAGAACUCCUCAGUCAUUUUAACAACCCAUUCAAUGGAAGAAGCUGAAGCUUUAAGCGAUCGUAUGGCAAUUAUGGUAGCUGGCAGACUGAGAUGCCUUGGGACCGCUACCUGGAUUAAAAGCAAAUAUGGUGAUCGUUAUGAAUUCGAAGCCAAAGUAAGCAUCCCAAGCCAUUUUGAAGUAAACGACAGAGGAGUAAGCUUAGAUCGUAUCCUUAUGGGUGAGACAGUUAUAAAUGCAAAUCAAGUUUUGCCAUGUCUAGAAAUUCUUAACGCAAAAGCUUUAUAUGAAGAAAUCCACGAAAAAGGAGCAGGCUCUGCUUUGCAUCAGCAAUUAAAGGUGGAUGGUGUAAUAUCCAGAGACUCCUUACUCCCCCCCCUCCAUAAGCGAGUAAAAAAUUUGUUCGCAGAAGGAGAGGGUUAUUUUUUUUUUUAAAUUUAUAUAUAAAUGUUAUAGCUAGAUUUUUUUCUUCAAAAUUUAAAAAAGUCAUAAUUCGAAAAAUUUGAACACAAAUAUAUAUUUAAUUUAUAAAAUUUAUUUUUAAAGUGCAAUUUGUUUAAAAUUAAACAGAAUUUCUAGAUAUUUCAUUAUACUAAUUAUCAUUUAUAUAUCAUAAAAAAAAUUUAUUUGCUCACAAAGGUGGGUUUUUGUGCAAAAAAUAGGAAUUUUUCCAAUGGUUUUUUUUCGCUCACAGAGGGGGGAUUUAGUGUCCUGGGUUAUAGUUGAAGAGCUAGGUGACAAAAUUUAUGAUUGGCUUAAGAGUGAAUUUAAGAAAGUUGAAAUUAUUGAACAUUUUUCAUCUCUCUUUAAGUUCAAAGUUGCUAAAGAAGAGGAAAAGUCGAUAGGAUACUUUUUCUCAGCUGUGGAGAUGAAUAAAGACGCAUUUAAAAUUUCUGAAUAUGCAUUGGCUCAAAGUUCAUUAGAACAAAUUUUCAAUGAUUUUGCCAGAAAAGGAGAAGAAGCCCAAGCCGGAGUUGUUAGAAGAUAUACUCAUGGCGGAUAA